AAAAGAAUGCUUUUUGUACAAGAAGUCAUGAGUGAUGAUCAGCAGCAUGUUCAUUCCCACAAAAUUUGCUUCCAAGCAUCUCCUCUUUCCCUUUACCUCUUUACAGAACACUCGUCAAAUGGCUCGUUCCGCAUUAGAUGAAAUGUCGGAUACCGGUGCCUUUAUAAGAAGUCCUUCAACUUUCCGUAGUUUCAUCUCACGAGACCCAAAGUCUACUUUUCCAGCUGAGCCCGGAAGAUAUCAUUUGUAUGUGUCAUAUGCUUGUCCUUGGGCCUCCAGGUGCCUUGCAUACUUAAAAAUAAAAGGACUUGAUAAGGCCAUCGGUUUCACGUCAGUUAAACCCAUAUGGGAGAGAACCAAGGAAAGCGAUGAGCACAUGGGAUGGGUCUUCCCCGAUACCGACACAGAGCAACCAGGGGCUGAACCAGAUCCUUUUAAUGGGGCAAAGAGCAUAAGAGCAUUAUACGAACUUGCCAGUGAAAACUACUCUGGAAAAUACACAGUUCCUGUUUUGUGGGAUAAGAAACUACGGACUAUUGUGAAUAACGAGAGUGAGGAGAUCAUUCGCAUGUUCAAUACCGAAUUCAAUGAAAUAGCAGAGAAUCCAUCCUUGGAUCUUUACCCAUCUCACUUACAAAGCCAAAUCAACGAAUUUAAUGGCUGGAUUUACAGUGGGAUAAACAAUGGUGUAUACAAAUGUGGCUUUGCAAAAAAGCAAGGGCCUUAUGAGGAGGCUGCUAAAGAAUUAUACAACGCUCUAGACAAAUGUGAAGAAAUACUCGGUAAACAGCGAUACUUAUGUGGGAGCUCUCUAACUGAGGCAGAUAUUCGUUUGUUCGUGACCCUCAUAAGGUUUGAUGAGGUUUAUGCAGUUCACUUCAAGUGCAACAAGAAAUUGCUACGUGAGUUUCCAAAUCUUUUCAACUACUCAAAAGACUUGUUUCAGAUCCCAGGUAUGAGUAGCACUGUUAACAUGGAGCAUAUCAAGAAACAUUACUACGGAAGUCAUCCGUCCAUUAACCCGUUUGGUAUUAUCCCCAUUGGCCCUGAUAUUGACUAUCUUUCACCUCACGACAGAAACAGAUUUUCUGCUUAAAUACUGUAUAGGAUGUGUGUUGUGAUGUACUGCAACUCUCUAUUACAAUAAGUGUCGCCAUCUUUUCUCAUUAUAUGGAGAGUUUCUAUGUUGUUUCA